ACCUACAACAAACAUCCACAAGACUUCCAGUGACAGUGAGCGAUCGCCGACGAAAUUGGAAGAGAAAAGGGGGAGAACGAGGGGAGAGAAGAACUAGAGCUCAUGGGCAAUGGCGUCAUCAUCCAGCAGCGGCCUGACUUUCAAGCUUCACCCGCUGAUGAUGGUCAAUAUUUUGAAUCACUACACCCGCGUCAAGUCGCAGAUGAACCCUCCCUUUACGAACACAAGCUGCUCGAACACCGGCGACGGAUACGGAGGCGAUGCUGCGGCCAUGCGGCGCCAGAGCCUCCUCCGAGAUGCGUGACGGGAGUUGAGAGGGGACAAACCGUCGAGAACAGCUUCGAGCUUCUCUACGACCCCGCCACUGCGACCGGAUUUCCUCUAGAAGAAGCAGGAGCUAUUGAUGCGGAAGAAUCAGAUAUACACAUUCUCAAAGCGUUGAUGGAUUGUAAUGAAAAUCCUGUCUAUGUCCUAAAUCAUGCCAUAAAUCAUGCUCCGAAAGAUCUUCCCAUGACUAUUUAUGAAAGUGAAGCUGAAAGGAUUUCAGUUGAUCAUGUUGCACAGCUUAAGCCGUCUGAUGGAGGGUCUACAGCCACCCAAUGUAAGUUGCUCUGCCCUUGCUCUGUUGUUCUUUCGACAGUCUUAGCCUGUUGGUUGCUCACCUUACCAGCGUACACAAUUGCCAUCAAGAUGUUAAGUAGCAGAAUCAGGGUGCUUCAUCACUAUCUUGUAGCUAUGCAGAAGGGUAUUUACGUGAGAUUCCAUGUUAGAACUCCUUGCUUCGACAGUUCUCUCAUUGUACAAGCUCCUUUGGAUAACAACUGUACUCUCUCAAGAGUCAAGACUUCAUCAUCACAGUACAUCCUGGAAUACGGCGACACGCUAUUGAUCACAUACCUGGCCAUGUUCAGCCGUGCCAGACAGGGAGUGUUCUUUCAAGGCGGAGAUAUUAGCUCGAUUAUUAAAAACUGUCCACACCUUGCGUCGGACUGCAUUGAAGGCUGGUUUAAAGAAUGCAUUCUCCAUGCUGUUUGGUGGUUCGUGUGGUUGGAAAGAAACCAGCGGGUUUUCAAAGAGAAGUCAUCGACAACUUACGUGGUGGCUAAUAGGGCGACGAGGAACACGAUGGAAUGGCUAGUGGCUCAUGGUAAAGUUGAGAGGGGCCUCGUGUGA